AUGUCAUGGAGCCAAAAUAGAUACGUGAAUAUUUUUUCCACGCGAGUAUGGUUUUACCUUUUUACUUUUUGUGCUUCUUUCAAACCUGACGUUUCCCCGGCGUGUUCUGGUUCUCUAAAUCCAGUGUUUCCCCGUCUUGUAAAUCCUGAGGGGACUCAAGCAGAAGAUGUUUUAUACGAAGCACUGAAGACUCUCGCUUCUGAAAAUAAUAUGAAGGCUUGGCAAUUAAGCGAAACCCGACGUGUUGAAAGUAUAUUGAAAGAAAAAGAGGAUCAGGAAGCCUAUCGAAUAAAAUCUAAUGUAUUAGACGAGCACAUUAUUGAAAGCAAUCUUAUAUUAGAAAGAAAACGACAAAAACGGAAGCAUGCAGAUAAGGAGUCACAUAAACGAAAACAAAGUGAAUCUAAUGUUGAAAGUAAU